GUGACGAAGGCAAGCAAGCGUUUAUUUUGGCUCUGCUACUCAUUUGUCUCGCUGUCGCCGCCAUUAAACAACACCGAAGAAAUGUAAACCACGGAGUGUCGCGGAUUUAUACCAUGAUUCAGGGACUACAGAGGCUUUGCCCAGGUGUGAUUUAUUCUGCGAGAGGUUAAUGUGCCCAGGAAGGUAAACAUGUGAGAGACCAAAGGGAUCGAAAUAACUCGGAUUGGGAAAGGUUUGACAGAGCAGGGGGAGGACUGUACAAGAAGGGUUUGUUGUGGUUUUCAGCAGCACUUGAGAAACGAGCGCAGCCACAAAACGAGUUAUAACCACGGUUUGACCACCCAAAGGGAUCCACUAUGACGGAACAGAGGAUAAAGUGGGUCUGUGACUACUGCACCUAUGAGAACUGGCCAUCUGCAAUCAAGUGCACUAUGUGCCGUGCACAGAGGUCAAGAGGUCCCAUCAUCACAGAGGAACCUUACAAGAACAGCCCCGAUCUGGAUCCCAGUCUGGAGUGGGACCCUCCCAGAACUGAGAGUGGCAGUAGCCUCCUCAUCUGUCCUGACUCCAGUGCUAGGCCAAGAGUCAGGUCAGCCAGCAUGGCGGAGAUUGCCAACAAGUGGUCCUGUCAGAUAUGCACAUACCUGAACUGGCCCCGUGCCAUUCGCUGCACACAGUGCCUGUGUCAGCGCCCGAGGACCAGCAGCCCCACUGACUCCCCCCAGACUUCAGGCUCUAAUGCAGGCUGCCGUCAUGCUCUUCAUUCUCCUGUAGAUACCUGUGAGGAGUACAAUGACAGAAACAGACUCAACACCCAUCAACAGCACUGGGCAUGCACAGCUUGCACCUACCAGAACUGGCCCAAAACUACAAAGUGUGUGGUGUGCGACCACCCCAAGCCCAACAACCAGGAAGCCAUAGAGCUGGCCGAGUCCGCGGAGCCAACACCUAUGAUCAAUGAGCAGGACAGGGCUCGGUGGAGGGGCAGCUGCAGUGGGGGUCAGGGCCAAAGGAGGUCCCCUCCUAUGCCCAAGAGGGAAGAUAUUGUCAAAAUGGACUUCCAGAGGAUAGAGCUCGCAGCUGGAGCCAUGAGCAGCAAAGAGGAGCAAGAGGUCGACUUCAAGAAGCUAAAGCAGAUUAGAAACCGGAUGAGGAAAACAGACUGGCUGUUCCUCAAUGCAUGUGCUGGCGUGGUGGAGGGAGACCUGGCGGCGGUAGAAGCCUACAAGUCGUCUGGCGGGGACAUCGCCCGGCAGCUCACCGCUGAUGAGGUGCAGCUCCUCAAUCGGUCCUCUGCGUUUGAUGUUGGCUUCACCCUGGUCCACCUUGCCAUCCGCUUCCAGAGGCAGGACAUGCUAGCCAUCCUGCUCACAGAGGUGAGUCAGCAGGCAGCUAAGUGCAUCCCCUCUAUGGUGUGUCCCGAGCUGACGGAGCAGAUCCGCAGGGAGAUCGCCGCCUCGCUACAUCAGCGCAAAGGAGACUUUGCCUGUUACUUCCUUACCGACCUGGUCACCUUCACCCUGCCUGCAGAUAUAGAGGACUUGCCGCCUGCUGUCCAAGAGAAGCUGUUUGAUGAAAUUUUGGAUCGAGAUGUGCAGAAAGAGUUGGAAGAGGAAUCUCCUGUCAUCAACUGGUCUCUGGAGCUGGGCACACGCCUGGACAGUCGUCUGUAUGCCUUGUGGAACCGCACAGCCGGAGACUGUCUGUUGGACUCUGUUCUGCAGGCCACCUGGGGCAUCUACGACAAGGACUCCGUUCUCCGCAAGACCCUCCAUGACAGCCUGCACGACUGCUCCCACUGGUUUUACACACGCUGGAAGGAGUGGGAGUCGUGGUACUCGCAGAGUUUCGGUUUGCAUUUCUCCCUGAGAGAGGAGCAGUGGCAGGAGGACUGGGCUUUCAUCCUGUCUUUGGCCAGCCAGCCUGGGGCCAGCCUGGAGCAGACCCACAUUUUUGUUCUCGCACACAUUCUUCGCAGACCAAUCAUAGUCUACGGAGUGAAAUACUACAAAAGUUUCCGUGGGGAAACGUUAGGAUACACUCGUUUUCAAGGUGUGUAUUUGCCUCUGUUAUGGGAGCAGAGUUUCUGCUGGAAGAGCCCCAUCGCCCUGGGCUACACGCGGGGUCACUUCUCGGCCCUGGUGGCCAUGGAGAACGACGGUUACGACAAUCGUGGUGCGGGCGCCAACCUCAAUACUGACGACGACGUCACGGUCACUUUCUUGCCACUGGUGGACAGUGAGAGGAAGCUGCUGCACAUUCACUUCCUGUCUGCACAAGAGAUGGGCAACGAGGAGCAGCAGGAGAAGCUGCUGAGGGAAUGGCUGGACUGCUGUGUGACAGAAGGAGGCAUGCUGGCAGCCAUGCAGAAGAGCUCCCGCCGCCGCAACCACCCCCUGGUCACCCAGAUGGUGGAAAAGUGGUUGGACAGAUACCGCCAGAUCCGCCCCUGUGCCUCUCUGUCUGACGGCGAGGAAGAGGAGGACGAAGACGAGUGAGCGAGGGGAGGUAAUGAAGAAAGAGCUCUAAAAAUGACUGGACACUGUAGGUUCUGGGAGAGAACCUGAAUAUCUACAUUUCUUUUUUUCCUUUCUCCAAAAUGUAAAUCUUUAACUUGUAAUUAUGCAUGUAUUGUGUGAGCUCUGUGAUAGUAAAACAAAAAAAAAAACAGCACCAAUUUACAGAAUCCUGGUUACUGCUCCUAUGAAAGCACAUCAAGUCCACUUAGUUUGCCUUCCUCUGCCCAGAUUUCUCCUUAUUUGUUAUCAAAGUAAUUAUCUCAAUCUGAGGGAAAUUCUAGGACACAUAGGAAAAUAUACUCUAUUUAAGGAAAUCUUGAAGCUGCACUCGAGGGGAAAUUUCAUUUAUAGAAUUGCCUGACAGAAAUUUUGCUUUAAAACUAAGGAUGCCAAUCUCUGCGUGUGUGUGUGCGUGUGUGUGAGUGUGUUAAAAUUUAAAGAGCACCUGUUUUCCUGAUUGCUGAUCCCUCUGCGAACCCCCGUUCUGAUAAUGGAUUUAUUUAUUUGUUUAGGAGAGUUAGUGCGCCGAGGCCCUGUUUAGUCUGUGUUCCAUUCAAUCUUGAAGUAUUUUAUUUUGCACAGAUUAUUCCUACAUUCUGUGAGGGCAGGAGGGGAAAAUGGACGUUCAAGUUUACUGACAUUUUUACGUGUGAUUUAGUAGCUCAUUGUCAUGUUCAGAGUGGGUGGUGGUGACGCUGGUGGGGAAAAGAGAAAACCAAACACUCUGCCUCUUUCUAUAGAGUGCAUUAACAUUAAAUUUGACUCACUUGCA